GACUGAGUAAGACCGGAUCAUCUCACCGGGUGUCGCCUCCACACACACCCCCAAAACCGCCGCUACCAAUUCUAAUUCGGGGAAUAAGCCCCAGGGCGGGACUUGAGAAGAGGCUCCGCCGAGACAGCGACAGCCAUCCGGGGACAAAAAGAGACAAAAAGAGAUCGGCCUGCAUCUCGCCCAACAAGACAGCCAACCCCAAGAGGAGAGGCCUGGACAACCGUUGGACCGAUCAAGAUCCGUCUCAGGGCGUCGUGUGCUACUGAGCCUGGGCUGGCCUGGACUUGGGACCGGUCAUAUAUCAUCAUCUUCUCCAAGGUCAGCAGCGCCGUCGCAGCACCACUUCCAAGCGGUGCUGAGAGACAACCACACCCACCGCUGGCUCGCUCGCUCUCCACCACCACCACCACACUUCCGACCACCGACCACCGACCACCGACACCCCGGCCCCCGGCCAUCACCCUCCAUCACCCAUCCCCCAUCCCCCAUCCAUCCUGAAUCCCAGCCAUCGACUAUCGGUCAGCCAAAGCACCGAGUGAAUACCUUCUGACCACCCGUCUCAGCGCACUGCACAGGAAAAACAGGAAAACCAAAACAACCAAGAUUCCCUACACGGCUCGCUGCAAAAGGGCCGCUCCCACGACACCCGUCCAAGCCAUCCCAGCAGCGCCCACAACGUGAACAAGCCAUCAACCAGCACUGCCCGCCUGUUCCGCGCAUCCGCAAGUCCCAGCGCAACACGAAGAAGCAGAAAAAGGUCUCACACCUUUUCGGCCGACUCUCUUCUCGACGACUUCAAUCCAACAUCCUCCCACCAUCCUUCCUUUCUGUUCUAUAGCAUCCGAUCUCGUCCGGAGCCCCCACCUCGGUGUCGUCUCAACUUUCUCGUCGCACCAAGCCGCUGGGCCGUCUGCCUCUGGGGUGAACCCGACCUCGCCGCCUCUUGCGCUGACCGACUCGCACCCCUCCCACCCUCAUCGCCAAGCCCCACCCGGGAACUGCGCUGAAUCACAGCCUCACCACCCUCGGCUUCUCGCUGGGCUCCUUUCACCCCCCAAGACCGACACAAAUUCAAUCCUUCUUACUCACAGCUGCCGUCUUCUGACCACAAAGACCGACGCCAUCGCGCACCGCGACACGUCCGGAGCGACAGCGCCAUUUGAGUCAUCAUCAGACGACUCCUCGCACCACCAAAUCCCAACACCGACGGAACCCGUUAAGGUCUCGUUGACCACAUCGAUACGCAAUGGCCCAACAGGGCUUCAACCAGUACGCCCACGGCGGCGGCGGCAGCAUCAACCCAAAUGAUCUCAACUUCAACCUCCAGCAGAAUUUUGGGGCGGGCUCAAACAACCAGAACAAUGCAUUCUCCAGUGGCUCGGCCGUCUUUGGCGACGACGAACUGCUAGAUGGCCUGGCGAGCCCAACCGAAGGCGGCCCAGGUAUGCAAGCCCAGGAGUUCCCGGGGAUGAACGAGAUGAACAUGAACUACAACCAGAAUGGGGCAAACUUCAACGCGCACCCGAGCGUUCCGAUCGACCAGUCGCACUUGUCGGGCUACUCCAACACACCCGAUGGAGAUCCUAUCCAAAGCCCCUUCAUGCAGAACCUUGGACAAUACCGUUCCAUGCACGGCCAUGCGCAGCCUUUUGGCAACUCAAUACAGUCCCCCCUGUCAUAUGCCGGCUCUCCUCUGGCCAACGAGAUGAACAAGGAUCCCAACGACAGCGCCCACAUCCAAGCCCGUCAGAGACUUCAGGCGCAGGCCAUGCAGCGCAAGGCCUCCAACGCGAGGAGCCCGCUUACUCCCAAAAUGGGUGCGCUGGGCCUGUCCAUCGGCUCUCAAGACGGAUUUGGAGCCCAGCCAAUACGGACGGGCGGAGGUCCUCACCAUGUCAAGGCACCCUCUGGCCACUGGGCGCAUACGCCAAACAGCAUGGCCUCAUUCCCUGGCUCUGGUCUGUCUUCACCACUGCAGACCGAAAUGCACGGCCAGAAUCAACUCAACGAAUACAUCAUGAAGGGCACGUCAAUGCCCGCCAAGUUGGGACAGAAUAAUGCCCUGUCCUCGCAGCAGGAGGCCAAGAAGAAGCGUCGCAGGGAAUCUCACAAUCUGGUCGAGAGGCGGAGGCGAGACAACAUCAACGAGAGGAUCCAGGACCUGAGCAAGCUGGUUCCCGCCCACAGACUGGACGAUGAGAAGAUCCGAAAGAUGAUCACCAACGGCACCCCUCUGUCACCGACACUAUCCGGCUCUUCCAACCCAGGUACAGCGACUUCCGGCUUGGCUGGUCCGGGCGCCAGGAGAGCGACCACCGGCGCUGCGGGAAACAUCACUACAGGCUUGCCCAUGGAGGACAAAGACAAGGGUCCUAACAAGGGUGACAUCCUCAACGGCGCAGUCAGCUGGACUCGUGAUCUCAUGUGGAUGCUGCAGGCCAAGAUCCAACAACAAGAGGAACUCAUCAAUUUGAUCCACGAUCUUGGCGGUAAUCCCCCAUUCGGUAUCACUGAAGACGAGAAGAGAAUGCAGACGGAGCUGCUUGAGGCGCUUGCGAAGAACGAGGCCACAGAGUUCACCUAUUCACGAACCGCAGGGUCGGGCCUGAGAGUGCCUCAUCACACCGACUACAAGGGAGAGCCUCUCAACAGUGCCGACCACGGCACCGAGAUGAACUCGAUCAGUCCAGAAGGCGACACCAAUGGUCAUCUUGGCAACGGAAUGAUGGAGCACAAUAACUUCUGGGACGAUGAUGCCGAAGACAUCAAGUUCAACCGCAACAGCUUUGACGAGGAAGACGAAUUCAUGGAGCUCGGGAAUUGAGGAAGUUUUCCACACGUCGCGAACCCCACAGACUUCAUCAAGCUGUCAACAUUUUCUACCACCCAUCGUCACAACGGCGUCAACAGCACACAGGCUGGGUGGUCUUCGUUCUUUUGCCUUGUCCCUCAGAGAUCAUUUUGUAUUUUCUUCCCCUUGACCAUUAGUCUAAGACCCUUACUCUUGCUUGCAUCAGGCGGACGUUGAGGAGUGUUCUUUAAGGCAGUGCAACACAUUUUGGCGUUUUUUGUGCUGGUAUUGAGGUCUCAUUUCCCCAUUCCCAAAGGGGGUUACCCAAAGGGGAUUACCACCCCAAGCAUACGAAGAUGGGAUUUUUUUGGCGGAAUCUUCGGACAAUUUCAUUGCUCGACUCCUAACGCUGCAUUUGGCAAUUUCUACUUACUAGUUUCCCUUUUCUUACCACGUACUUUUGGGUUGGGUCGCAUUGGUUAAUUGGGCAUUGUUACAGACCGUUAUUGCUUACUAUGAUACCUGAGUCGUUCGAUGUGGAGAUUAUUAGGCUACAACAGCAGCAAGGAGGGGGGCAGUAUUAGGUGAUAGUUGUAAGGCCCAGCGUUUACUCUUAUUUGGAAUGCUACACAACUUUGUCAAA